AUGGAGCUUACAGAAGUUGAGAGAGACGUCCGCUCUUCCAUUGGUGCUGGUUCAGACUCGAUCAAAGAUGAAGAUGAGGAAGCUCAGCUGCAGUGGGCUGCCAUUGAGAGAUUGCCUACAUUCAGAAGGCUGAGGACCUCACUUUUCGACCUUGGUGAUAGCGAAAAUGGAAAAAGCAGUGGCAAAGAGUCUGCAGGGAAGAAGGUGGUUGAUGUUACCAAGUUGGGAGCAGAUGAGAGGCAUCUUUUCAUUGAGAAGAUCAUCAAGCACAUUGAGCAUGAUAAUCUGAGGCUGCUACAGAAAAUGAGAGAAAGGAUAGACAGAGUGAAUGUGAAACUGCCAACUGUGGAGGUGAGGUACAAGAAUUUAUGUGUGGAAGCAAAGUGUGAAGUAGUAAAAGGAAAGCCGCUCCCAACGCUGUGGAACUCUCUUCUAAGCUCGUUAUCAGUUUUUCGAGAGGUAAUGUGGUGCAAGCAUCCAGAAGCAAAGAUUAGCAUUCUAACAGAUGUCAGUGGCAUCAUCAAACCUUCAAGGCUUACUCUCCUUCUUGGUCCCCCAGGGUGUGGUAAAACCACCUUCUUAUUGGCACUUGCUGGAAAACUGGAUAAAUCCCUUAAGGUUGCAGGGGACAUUUCAUACAAUGGCUAUAAGUUAGAUGAGUUUGUUCCUCAAAAAACUUCAGCGUAUAUAAGCCAACACGACCUUCACAUACCUCAGAUGACUGUUAGGGAAACAAUCGAGUUUUCAGCCCGCUGUCAAGGUGUUGGAAGCAGAGCUGAUAUAAUGCUGGAGGUUAGCAGAAGAGAAAAGGAAGCAGGAAUUGUUCCUGAUCCAGAUAUUGACACCUACAUGAAGGCCAUCUCAGCUGAAGGACAAAAGAAAAAUCUCCAAACUGACUAUGUUUUGAAGAUGCUAGGACUAGAUAUCUGCAGUGAUACUAUGGUUGGUGAUGCGUUACAAAGAGGCAUUUCAGGUGGCCAAAAGAAAAGGCUGACAACAGGAGAGAUGAUUGUCGGUCCCACAAAAGCACUAUUUAUGGAUGAAAUAUCAACUGGAUUAGACAGCUCUACUACAUUUCAGAUAGUCACAUAUCUACAGCAGUUGGUGCACAUCACAGAUACAACUGCAUUGGUGUCACUUCUACAACCAGCACCUGAGACAUUUGAUUUAUUUGAUGAUGUGAUACUAAUGGCAGAGGGGAAGAUAGUUUACCAUGGUCCUCGAAGUCAUGCGCUUCAGUUUUUCGAAGAUUGUGGUUUUAAGUGCCCUGCAAGAAAGGGUGCUGCCGAUUUUCUACAGGAGGUAAUCUCAAAGAAGGAUCAAGCACAAUACUGGAAGCAUGAUAACAUUCCCUACAAUUAUGUUUCUGUGGAUGAAUUCACUCAGCUUUUCAGAGCAAGUUGGAUGGGAAAGAAGUUAAGUGAUGAGCUCUCAAAACCAUAUGAGAAAUCACAAGGCCAGGAUAAGGCUUUAUCAUUUAGCAUCUAUUCUGUGAGAAAAUGGGAUUUGUUCAAAGCUUGCAUGGGUAGAGAGCUGCUUCUUAUGAAACGAAAUUCCUUUGUCUAUGUAUUCAAAACAGUGCAGCUUUUCAUCACUGCACUUUUGACAACUACGGUAUUCAUACGUACUCAGAUGGAUGUGGAUUUGACAAGUGCAAAUUAUUUUAUGGGUGCAUUGUUCUAUACACUUGUGAGACUUAUGACAAAUGGAGUUGCAGAGCUGUCUCUGACUAUCACCAGACUACCAGUGGUUGAUAAGCAACUAGCAUUCUACCUUUAUCCAGCAUGGUCAUAUUCAAUUCCAGCCUCUCUUCUUAAAAUUCCUUUUUCACUAAGUGAUGCGGCGUUGUGGACAGUUAUAACUUACUAUGGUGUUGGGUACAGCCCAGAAAUACAAAGGUUCUUCUGCCAGCUCCUUGUGCUGUUUGCGCUGCAUCAAGCAUCAACAUCCAUGUGUCGUUUGAUUGCAGUAAUUUUCCGGUCCAUGGUUGUUGCAACAACUUUUGGCACUUUAAUCUUAGUACUAAUGUUUAUAUUUGGAGGCUUCAUUCUGCCACCACCCUCAUUACCUGUUUGGUUGAAGUGGGGAUUCUGGUGUUCUCCUAUGACUUAUGGGGAAAUAGCUACUAGUCUGAAUGAGUUCCUUGCUCCUCGAUGGCAAAAGGUUUCAAUGGGAAACACAACCUUGGGAAAUGAAAUUCUAACCAGUCAUGGUUUGAACUUUGAUAGCUACUUCUAUUGGAUAUCUGUAGGGGCUUUAUUCGGGUUCACAGCAAUCUUUGAUCUUGGAUUUGUUAUAGCCUUAACUUACUUAAAACCUCCAAAGAUGUCUCGUGCUAUUAUUUCGAAAAAGAGAUUAUCUCAACUCAAAGGACAAGAUUCUGGGAACAAGACUGGUGGAAAGUUGGAAAAUGUGUCAACUCCAGCUGAUUUUUACAAAACCAUUGAAGAAACAGGGAAGAUGGUUCUGCCAUUUGAGCCACUGACAAUCUCAUUUAAGGAUGUGCAGUACAGUGUUGAUAUCCCACCGGAAAUGAAAAGGUACGGUUUCGAUCAGAAAAACCUUCAGCUGCUAAAAGAUAUAACAGGAGCAUUUAGGCCAGGAGUUCUUACAGCAUUGAUGGGAGUCAGUGGGGCUGGGAAAACAACUCUAAUGGAUGUUCUUUCGGGAAGGAAAACCGGAGGUACUAUUGAAGGAGAUAUAAGAAUAGGAGGCUAUCCCAAAGUCCAGAAGACAUUUGCUAGAAUAUCAGGUUACUGUGAACAAUUUGAUAUACAUUCUCCACACAUCACAGUAGGAGAGUCAGUUAUGUUUUCAGCUUGGUUGAGGUUGCCACCUGAAAUUGAUCCAGACACAAAAGCUAAAUUUGUUGAAGAAGUUAUUGAAACAAUUGAAUUGGAGGAUAUAAGAGAUUCUUUAGUUGGCAUUCCUGGCCAAAGUGGCUUGUCAACCGAACAACGCAAAAGGCUAACAAUUGCAGUUGAGCUUGUUUCCAAUCCAUCAAUAAUAUUUAUGGAUGAACCUACAUCAGGAUUAGAUGCCAGAGCAGCUGCGAUUGUCAUGCGUGCUGUGAAGAAUGUUGUUGCCACAGGAAGAACAACUAUUUGCACAAUUCACCAACCUGGCAUUGAUAUAUUUGAGGCCUUUGAUGAGUUAAUUCUGAUGAAAACUGGAGGGCAAAUCAUCUAUUCUGGAAGUCUGGGACAUAAUUCGAGUAAACUCAUUGAAUAUUUUGAGGGUAUUCCUGGUGUCGCAAAGAUCAAAGAUAACUAUAAUCCAGCAACAUGGAUGUUAGAAGUUACUUCGGCUUCAGUAGAAGCAGAACUUGGCUUUGAUUUUGCGAACAUUUAUAAAGAAUCUACUCUGUAUAGAGACACAGUUGAGUUGGUCAGACAGAUAAGUGAACCAAAGCCAGGUUCAAGAGCUUUGCACUUUUCCACCCAAUUUCCACAAAGUAGCUGGGUGCAGUUUAAGGCAUGCUUAUGGAAACAACACUUAUCCUAUUGGAGAUGUCCUGAAUACAAUCUAGCACGUUUCAUGUUCAUGAUUGUUGCCUCAGCGUUGUUUGGUGCAAUCUUCUGGCAGAAAGGGAAGGAAAUUAAUAAUGAGCAGGAUCUGUUGACCAUACUUGGGUCCAUGUACAUUGCUGUAAUAUUCCUGGGAAUAAACAAUUGUUCAACAGUUCUUCCCUAUGUGGCUACUGAGCGCACUGUUUUGUACCGCGAAAGAUUUGCUGGGAUGUACUCAUCAAAGGCUUAUUCCUUUGCUCAGGUGGCCAUGGAAAUACCUUAUACUAUGUUGCAGGCAAUUCUAUAUGUGGCCAUUACAUAUCCUACCAUAGGCUACUAUUGGACUGCUUCCAAGGUUUUUUGGUACUUCUAUGCAACCUUCUGUACAUUUCUGUACUUUGUAUACCUUGGGAUGUUGUUGGUUUCUUUGAGCUCAAACAUGGAAGUAGCUUCAAUAUUGGCCACUGCAAUCUACACCCUAUUAAAUCUCUUCUCUGGCUUCCUCAUGCCUGGACCGAAAAUUCCGAAGUGGUGGGUUUGGUGCUACUGGAUCUGUCCCACAUCAUGGUCACUAAAUGGCCUCCUGACUUCACAAUAUGGAGACAUGGACAAAGAGAUUUUGAUUUUUGGAGAGCAUAAAACAGUUGCUUCUUUCCUAAAAGAUUAUUAUGGUUUUCAUCAUAAUCUUUUACCCCUUGUAGCUAUUGCUCUGAUUACCUUCCCAAUUGCUUUUGCUUUUCUAUUUGCCUAUUUCAUAGGAAGAUUAAAUUUCCAAAGGAGGUAG